AUGCCCGAUGGCAUAGAAAUUGGAGACAAAGUAAAUGAUACCGCACAAUUAUAUUCAGAUGCAAUUUACGUACUUGGAUUUAAAGAAUUAUACCAAAGAUUAGAAGAUGGCAGUAAAAAAGGCUCACCGACGGAUACAAUUGAUUGGGAUACGGAUUACUUUAUGGUGGUGGAUGAAAACGAUGUUAAUUUCUUGGUGGAAGAAGGGGAACAAGAACAAGGUGAAGCAUUAGAAGUACUAGAUGAUUCGGAUGAGAAUGACUUGAUGUUUUCAGAUGAUGUUGUAUCCACUAAUUUGGAGAUGCCAGUACCUACUACUCCUUCUUCCUCUUCAAGAUCAUUAAGUAGAACAGUGUCGAUGACUGGUAUGGGUAGAUCUCGCUCCACAUCCUCAAUUUCAAUGAACAGUUCUGCUUCUAUACCUACACAAUCUACUGUACCUAAACAAUUGUUCUUGAGAGAGCAAGACAUUAACUAUCAAUAUUAUCGACAAACCUUAUUUUCGGAAUUGUUACGACAAUACCCUGCUUCCAGAAAAGAGAUUAUACAUCACGCCAAAGUUGAUAUUCCACCUUUACUAAGAGGAAAAGUAUGGGCUGCUGUAUUAGGUGUACGAGGAGACUUAAACCAUGCGUAUGAUCAGAUCGACAAAUGUGUGGAUAUGGGAUCCGACAGACAGAUUGAGGUAGAUGUUCCUAGAUGCCAUCAGUACAACCAAUUAUUAGCUUCUUCUACUGGUCACGAAAAAUUACGUCGAUUACUAAAAUCAUGGGUGUCUGUCAAUACAAAGUUAGUUUACUGGCAAGCCAUUGCCUUUGCUUGUUUACAGCGCUUCAUUCCCAAAUUUCUCAACAACUUCUUCCUUUCGGAUAAUGCACCCGUCCUUCAAGAAUAUUUGGCCGUAUUUAGACAUCUCUUGAGUUUUCAUGACCCCGAAUUAUCAAGUCAUUUGGAUCAGAUCGGAUUUAUGCCGGACCUUUACGCUAUUCCAUGGUUCUUAACCUUGUUUACCCAUGUGUUCCCACUGGAUAAAAUAUAUCACUUGUGGGAUAAACUGCUGGUAGGACCAUCUUCACUACCCCUAUUUGCAGGUAUCGCUAUUUUACGUCAAAUCAGAGACACCUUAUUAUCAUAUGAAUUCAAUGAUUGCAUCGUAUUGUUUUCCGAUAGUUUUCCCAAAGUGGACAUUGAAAAAUGCGUGCAAAGCGCAUUGAAUAUGUGUAAGGUGACACCACCCAGUAUUUCUUCCCGAGUACAUGGUCCCGAAAAUGAUUUGGAGGACAGUGAUGAUAAAAAGAUUCAGGUAGUACAGUGGUGGGGUGAGCCUGUAUGCAUAGAAACUAAGAAGAUUGAAUUGGCGCCUCGUCUCUCGGUAAAAGACCUUUCAAAGAUUCUCCCUUACUCUCUCAUCUUGGACAUUCGUUCCGAAACUGAAUAUCUAUCCAGUUAUGCCAAUAUUUUAAAGAAACUAAACCGUAAAUAUCAUAUAGUGAUUGCCAAUCAUGAUGACGGAGGACCAGAGGUAAAAAUGAAGAUAAAUAAUAAAAGGGUAGGAAAAACUCACCAUAUUAUGCAUAGUUUGCUGCUGAUUUGGUAA